AUGUACAGACAGUGGGCAGUGGUGAAUAUUUUCAUGAUGUUUUCUCUGCAAUUGGUGCAAGACUCCAGCGAUGAACAGGGAUCAACAAAGCGUUCAAUGUUAGAACAAUCUGAACAGCAGAUUAGGGCAGCUUCUGGCUUGGAGGAACUCCUGCAAGUCACACACUUUGAGGACUGGAAGCUGUGGAGAUGCCGACUGAAACUGAAAAGUUUUGCCACCCCAGACUCCCGCUCAGCAUCCCAUCGGUCCACCAGGUUUGCGGCAACUUACUAUGACAUUGAAACAUUAAAAGUUAUAGAUGAGGAAUGGCAGAGAACCCAGUGCAGUCCCAGAGAGACGUGUGUGGAGGUCGCCAGUGAGCUGGGGAGGAGCACCAACAGGUUCUUCAAACCACCCUGUGUGAACGUUUUCCGGUGUGGCGGCUGCUGCAAUGAAGAGAGCGGCAUCUGCAUGAAUACCAGCACCUCGUAUGUUUCCAAACAGCUCUUUGAAAUAUCAGUGCCUUUGACAUCAGUACCUGAAUUAGUGCCUGUUAAAGUUGCCAACCACACAGGUUGUAAGUGCUUGUCAACAGCUCCCAGCCAUCCAUACCCCAUUAUCAGAAGAUCUGUUGAGGUCACAGAAGAAGAUGGUUGUUCCCAUUCCGAGAAACUCUGUCCUGUUGACAUGCUAUGGGAUAGCAGCAAAUGUGAGUGUGUUUUACAGGAGGAGAGUCCACUUGCUGCAAUGGAAGACCCCUCUCCCCUCCAGGAGCUGACUCUCUGUGGGCCACACAUGAAGUUUGAUGAAGAUAGUUGCGAGUGUGUGUGUAAAACCACCUGUCCCGCAGAUCUCAUCCAGCACCCAGAAAACUGCAGUUGCAUUGAGUGCAGAGAGAGUCUGGAGAGCUGCUGCCGGAAGCACAAGGUAUUUCACCCAGAUACCUGCAGCUGUGAGGAUGGAUGCCCCUUUCACACCAGAAUGUGUACAAACGCUAGAUCAGCCUGUGCAAGGCAUUGCCGCUUUCCAAAGGAGAAAAGGCCUACCCAGGAGCUCCACAGUCAAGAAAACCCUUGA